UCGGGCAAGCCUUUAUUAGGAGGGUUCGCUCUAAUCUUAUCUGCUAUACCAUCAGGAAAGCGGCCUUCACACAACACCAGGAACAGAGAAAAAGGGAGGAGAAAUCUGUUAUCUGCCUUUCCAUCAAAGAUCUUCUUUUGGUGUCCGUGUUGUAUGACGACUUUAAUUCAUCAUCACUUCUAACGAGAGAAACGGACGAAUCUCAGCACUUUUGUUGCGAUCGCAAUCUAAAUCGCUGUCUCUUUUGUUUUCCUAAUAGGGGUCAGAAGAAAACUCGAGAUGUUUUCUCGAGAUUUUUAUCCAUGAACAAUAUUUAUCCAAAAAGCUUUACUGAAGGACACGCAUCUGUAUUACGGCAUAUAAAUAUAAUAUGACGUUCGAGGCAACUCGAACAAACUUACAGCAAACACAAGGAUAAACAAAACGUGUCGUUUUGCAAACUAAAGUUCUGCGCAAACAAAUAAAUUAACACAUUGCAAUUGCAUAAUUUUACCAUGUAAGGUGGACAACUAGCAGAGCGGGAGAAGAUGUUAUUUUGUGGAAGAAACCUAAGAGAGCCGCAGUGUUUAUUGUGAGAGCUGUCGUGUGGAGUAGCUUAACUCCUGAGAAGGACCUCAGGGUUUCAAAUAGCCUACGGCUCAGGUAAUCGACGUCUUAGUACACGACUUUGCAGCUUGAGGUCUAAAAAAUGAUGCUGAGUCCAGAUCAACCGGAUUCCGACCUGCCUUGGAGUCAGUCAGACGCCGAAUCGGUGCUGAACGAUAUUAAAGUUGGCUGCGUCUCUGACGAACCGAUAGAGGGAGAAGGAAAGAGCAGGUCCCUGGCCCCGCAAGCCCUUAGCCGGGAGGAGAAGCGAAGGAGGCGGCGCGCAACAGCCAAGUACCGCUCGGCCCACGCCACAAGAGAGCGCAUCCGUGUGGAGGCUUUCAACGUGGCUUUUGCUGAGCUGAGGAAACUGCUGCCCACCUUGCCACCCGACAAGAAACUAUCCAAGAUUGAAAUCCUCAGACUGGCAAUUUGCUACAUAUCUUACCUAAAUCAUGUUUUAGAUGUUUAGGCACCGUCUAGAAAGACGAAACGGACAGUCAACAUCACUUACAACAAGGAAACAUAGGAACGCCCAUAAUAAAAGAACAGUUUUUUUUUCAUCGAACGCUUAUGACAAAUAACUUUUUGGGCUUCGACCAGAAGGAGUGCAAAGUGUGUCGUUUGGUUUUUCAAGGAGUUUACAACAUCUUGAAAGAAGUCAUUUCUUGAGCAACUCAUUGGUACACAGCUGUAAAAAGAGCUCAGCUACAGGUUAUGCGCCGUGCCGCAGCAAUUACCUGUCCAGUUGAAAAAGCAAAAAUAGGAAUGCAAUAAUACCAAUACUUGAUACAUAGAAAGGCACGGAAAUAUCGACAUAGACUGCCAUUACGUUGAUUUCACGGGCAGGAACAGAAAAAAAAUCAUGCUCACUUUGUUUUCUCUAGAUUGUCGUAGUUUUAGAUGUUUAAUAACUGCGACACGUAAAGCAUACUUAUCUGUAAGUCAUUUGGACGACUGAAAAGAAUAGGAAAAAAUAACUAAAGUACAGCUAAAAUCACAUUAAUCAGCGUCUCUAGCUAUGAAUAGUCUCGUGGUUGUCAAGUCAACUGAAGAAGAUAAAUGAUUUAUUUAAAAACUAUGAAAGUGCCACUUCUUCUUGACUGUGCUCAUUUAAGCCUAUAUAAUAUAUAUUUAUCAAUUAAUACAUCGAAUACAUUUAUUUAUUUAUUUAUUUAUUUGUUUUUAUUUAUUUAUUUAUUUAUUUGAGAUAUUUAUUCAUACACGCAUUUUUCAUAUUCUGAAGGCCUUGACUUAAUUUGACGUAUAUAUGUUUACAAUGUGUCUUUUUAAAAUAGAUAAAUGACCGUUGUUCACGUAUAAAUGUAUGUAUAUUCAUGUAUACUCAUAUUUUAGAGUGUGGUGUGGGGAUUACGAAAGUGGCUCUGUCGCUCUUCAUUUGCACUUCAGUGAUACUUUUUAUUUUAUGUAGCCUACGUUGUAAAUGCAACUGUCAAGAAAUUUACUGCUGUUAUUUGUUUGAAAUGUGUGUGUAUAUAUGUGUAUGACAGAGAUUAGCGCUUAACUCUGGGUAGAACCUUUUGUAUGUCUUGUAAUAAUUCCGGUUGUAGAUUCUUGAGUGUUAAAGGGAUACUUUGCUUGGAAAUGAUAAAUCUUUCUGUGGACGACAAAUAUUUUUAGAACGAACUUUAUGACACCAGUUUUAAUAUCAGGAAUUUAAAUUCACGAAAUUGGGGAAAUGCAAUAAAAACAAGAGCAGUCACGCCCUUCCAGAAUAAGUUCAAUGAAGUAAGCCUAUCAAACUAAAACGGACUUAGUUAAGCAGUCUGCUGUCAUGAAACGCCACAGUACAAUUCCAGGGGGACAUCCCUGUGCUGCGACCAAAAAUGAUUUUAAGGAUAUUUUGUUCGUAUAUGCUGUACCUAGAGAUGUUUUAUUUAUAUACUUUUCUCUUUUUGGAGCCUCUUAAUAGACUCAUUUUAGUGAGAAAAAAACGUAUCCGCUAUCCAAAGAUUUCUUGUCUUUUCAGGGUUUUUAUC